GUACGUUGAGGGAUUUCGGGGCUGCUGCACCUUUGAGCCACUACAUGACUUUUAAAAGUAUAGAGCAUUUCACGGAUAACAGAAGGAGGAGGAAUCGAGUUGAGUUCGUUGCAUACAAGCUUGACCCAGCCCUUGCUAAAAGUCUGGGAUAGUGGUGUGUGUGACUGAGUGGCAGUCUGUGAGAGUGUGUAUGUGUAUGUGUGUCAGCCAUGGGUUUCCGAAAGAAGAACAAGAGUCCACCGGUGCUGAGCCACGAGUUUGUGAUCCAGAAUCAUGCGGAUAUGGUAUCGUGUGUGGCCAUGAUCAUUCUCCUAGGGCUAAUGUUUGAGGUAACUGCCAAGUUCGCUAUUAUGUUUAUCACAGUCCAGUACAAUGUGACUCAAACUCUAGAUGACAGGCCUGAACCCGUGAACUUUUAUCAGUACGGACCCAAAGAUAUUGCGACUGUGUUCUUUUAUCUGCUCAUUGCUAUAAUACUCCACGCUUUGAUUCAAGAGUACAUACUUGAUAAAAUCAAUCGCCGACUACAUUUGUCCAAAACAAAGCACAGCAAAUUCAAUGAGUCUGGGCAGCUGGCGGCCUUCUACCUGUUCUCUUUCGUCUGGGGCUGCAGCAUCCUCACUGCGGAGGAAUUUGUGACAAAUCCGACGUUGUUAUGGGAAGGCUACCCACACACUCAGAUGGCUUUUCAGGUUAAGUUCUUCUACAUUUGCCAGAUUGCCUAUUGGUUCCAUGCCCUGCCUGAGUUGUAUUUCCAGAAAGUCAGAAAGGAGGACAUUCCUCGUCAACUGUACUACAUUUGCCUUUAUAUUUUCCACAUCACUGGUGCCUAUGUUCUCAAUCUCCAUCGGCUGGGUCUGGUCUUGCUGAUUCCGCACUAUCUGGUGGAGCUCCUCUUCCAUGCAUCCAGACUCUUCUACUUCAGCGAUGAGAACAAGCAGAAAGGGUUCACGCUGUGGGCUCUGCUCUUUGUUGUUGCUCGUUUGCUGACUCUCACCCUGUCCGUGCUGACUUUUGGAUUUGGAUUAUCCCGCACAGACAACCAGGGUUUCUCACUGGCCGAGGGCAACUUUAACGUGCUGACUAUCAGGAUGACCUGCCUGUCAGCUAUUUGUCUGACCCAGGCAUGGAUGAUGUGGAAAUUUAUUAACUUCCAGCUAAAGAAAUGGAGAGAACAGACUCAGAUCCAGGCCAGCAAAAAGAAGGCAGCCAGUCCCAAGAGCAAGCCCAUCAAGAAGGACUCAGCACGAGGGGGUUCAGUUAACGGAGUCAUGAAAGCAGAGGACAGGACUUCGCCGAGAGCAAGAAAAUCCAAAACAUCGUAGAAAGAGAGAUGGAGAUCAGUCUCUCUGGAUGAUACACCCUCAAUCCUUUCAUCUGUCUCCUAACAAAACCACUUAACCACACGGACACCUUAACCGUGUCCAGCGAGAUCAGGUGUGCAGAUAAAAACAUCCUUUUGUGUGGAUUUUUUUUUUCUUGAAUCCUUCUCUUAGAAUGCACUAUGAGUUAUUAUUGGCAUUUUCUUUUUGCUUGUGGGGUGUAGAAUGGUAUUUGGGAGGGGGGGCAGGAGCUGGUGGACAAGUGGUUGCCCUGAUGCUACUGCCUCUUUGCUUUUUUUUUUCUUUUGCUUUUUUUUCCUCAUACUGAUCACUGUGUCUCAGGCACCAAAUCCACCAGUGCCCCUCACUGGCUCGUGUGGUUUGAUUCUGGUUUUUCUUUUGGGCAGAAAGAAAUGGAUUUCUCUCUCUCACUGUUUAGGAUGGCAGCUUGCUUUUCCCUCAGUCUCUUUCUCUCUCUCUCUCCCUCUCCCUCUCCCUCCCUCUCUCUAUCACUCUCUCUCUCUCUCUCUCUCUCUUCUCUGCUCUGUUCUGCUGCUGAGUGAACAAAAUGCUUUGUUCCUGAGAUAUGGCAGAAGUACAAAUGGUGUGUGUCUGAAGGUAGGCCUCAUAGCACCCCACUCGGCUGUGGUCUCCAGGCCUCUUAUGAACCAUGUCUCACCAAUACAGUGAGACGAGCUUUUUAACGAUAGCCCUUCUGCAUUUAGGCUCAAGAUCAAACACAGUGGUGGGUCAGAAAAACUUCAGCCUUCAACGUUAAAGACUGAUAAUACA